GGAAUCCAAGAAGGAAUCCAAGAAAAAACCGGUCGAUGUGGACAUGCCUCCGCGAUUCUGCUUGGGAUGUCGACAGGCGGAGACAGCAGAUAAGCACUUCGAAAUACAGUGUCGCCAAUGUCAUGACGAAGGUUUGAAACCGCCAUUUACUGCUCUAACAAGUGUGCAAAGAAGGCUUGGCAAGCGCACAAAGAGUGGCACGAAGAAACUCGAACAUAUUUGAAGCAGAAUAGAGACAAAUUGGAACCAAUGGACAUCUCAAACGCUCGCUCGCAGGCUGAGACAUUCCUAUUGGAAGCCAUAAACAAGGAGAUUGCUGGGGACAUCAAGGGCUCAAAGAAACUUCUCCACAAAGUUGAGAAAGCUGACCCAACGCUUCCGCUCUCAAUUGUGGCUCGUGGUAGCCAUUUCCAGGAAUCAGGGUAUCCCGAGCAAGCCAUUCCGUGCUAUGCCAGAGCUUGUCAGCAAUGGGCAUUUGGUAUUUUGUUCGGAGCAGAGGACCGCGUUGAAGUCAAUACUAUUGGUUGGGAAAAUUCCGUUUACCUCAUUCUUUUCGCUAGAGUGGAGGAAGUCAGCAACAAUCUUCAUGGUUGCUAUCCCAAGGACUACGACAACAAUACGCAGCACAACCCAAACUGGCUUCUUCGCGAUGGUAUGCUCAAGCGAAUCUCAAAGGUAGUACUCAAGGGAUUGAAAGAUUACGGAAAUCAGAAUGUCACUUAUUUGAUGAUGAUGUGUCGGGGUAUUCUUCUCUCAGCUGCUGACAAACGAAACCCUCCAUUGCCUCGCACAGCCGAGGAGUUUCAGGAAGCAGAUGCACUCUUCGAACACAUGUCGAAGAACUUCGACUAUGAGGAUGAUGGAAUAUCUACCUUCAAAUGCUGCAUGAAUCCUUUGAAAAUGCCUGCAGAGCUCACCCAUGCGUCUGCUCUAGAGCGAGGUGAAUCUGGUCUUUGGGUCUUGAUCCAUGGCCUUAAGAGUAAAACCGGCAAGGCAAUCAACGGCAAACUGGGCCUCGUUUUCAAGGAUGGGUUGGAAAAUGGUCGAGUUUCUGUGGCAGUGGAUGGGAUUGACGGAGAGAAGCGGAUCCGGCCCAAGAAUCUAUGGGAAGUCUGUUUUUCGGAAAAACAGGUGGCGAUCAUUUCGACUCUUGAAGAAGAUCAGCAGUGGAAGUAUGCAAGAGCAUCAAGUGAAGUCAGCCUUUCUCGUCGUUGCCUGGCUCAGCAAAGCCGACAAUCUACUGGUUUGUAACUGCCAUUCAACCUUGGUUUGUGGAGAGCAUUGGAAGUGUCAUCCGAGCAUGAACGAAUCGAGUGAGCUUGGUAAGACCGAAGACUGUAGUUACCGCACCGCUGAAGAACGUAGAGGCUUUAUGAGUGCAACUCUAUUUACAUAAGGACCUAAACAUAUUAGAAAAAGGCGUCGGUGUCGUCUACACGUUCUA